AGGCGUUCGCUGUAGCAUCCUGUAAAGCAAGGUUGUGGAUCACCAUGAAGUUUUCCAGUUGGAUCCUGGUUGGUGUCGUGAUUUUAGGGCUGUUCACACUGUGUUCUGCAGGCCCUCUCCACGCGCAGUGCAAAGUGGAAUGGUAUUUAGGGGUUCCCUGCAGACGUGUUUAUGAGGGCUUGGUCUCUCAGAUUAAGAAGUGGAGGACAAUGUCAAGCUGCACUAUGGGGGGAGAAAGAUGUCUCUAUAAGCUCCAGUCAGCCUCCCUGCACUUCAUUGCAGCAAAGCACACCACACCAGUAAAGAAAUAUGUGGACGAUAUCAACUUCAGAUUGGUCUCAUAUGGAUUUUUCACACAUUGCCACGUAUCGGCAAUGUCGGUCUCAGAAACUUGGUACGCUGUCACAGACCAUGGCACCAAUUACUGCAACCUCUACAACUUAAUGGAAGGGAGUGGACUGACUGAAGCUCCGGGAUUUAAAGAAAUCACCAGUGACUUCUUGUGCACCCAGAGAUCCUCUGCCAACUGCACUGUGUACUGACACUGAGCAAGCUAACAGCUUUAUAUUACAUUAUGACCUUAAUACAAAUCAACAUUGUAGAUAUUACUAUCAUACUCAGGGCAUUACUAUCAAAUCAAGCUUUAAACUCUUCAAUCAAUCAAUCACUCAAUAUUUUCAUUCAUAUAUAGAGUGAGAUAUAUAUGUAAUAGAAAACUGAAUUAAAUUUAAUUUCCAAUACAAACAAACCAAUCACUCCAAUCACUACACUCUACCUUAACAUAACUAAUAAUUGUAAUAAUUGUUGUAAUACAUGUGUUAAAAUAGGUUUGGUUCACUACAUAAAGCAAAAGCUAAUGCUGCAAUUUAAUCAGUAACGUUAGUGUCUAAUUAGAACAAUGUUUUAAAAAAAAAUGUAUACAGUGCACAUAUGUGUCUGUAUAUUUACCAGUUUGUGAUGGGCCUCAGUAGGAUGUGGAUCUCAUCAAAUAAAAUACAGACAGAGCUCUUUAUGCAUUGUGAUGUUUAGUAUGUGGUGUUUAGUAUGUAGGCAGUUGUAUGUGCUUGUUCAAUCUGAUUUAAAGGCUUUACAUAUUAAACACCAUCAUGAGUAAAUAUUGUAAGUGAUUAUAUGGCGUUCUAUAUCCAAAACAGUACACUGCCUGGCCAAAAAAUAAAUAAAAGUCGCCAACUGGAUUUAAGUAAGUAAAUGAUGUGUGGUUGAUGCUGCAUUUGGCAGGUCUAGGUUCAGCAACAGUAUGUGCUGAAAGAAUGAGGUCAGCUGACUACCUGAAUAUACUGAAUAUAGACCAGGCUAUUCCAUCAAUGGAUUUUUUUUCUCCUGAUGACGCGAGGAUAUUCCAAGAUGACAAUGCCAAGAUUUAUGAGGUUGGAAUUGUGAAAGAGUGCAGGUUUCAGGGAGCAUGAGAUCAUUAUUUUCACACAUGGAUUGUUCACCACAGAGUCCAAACCUUAACCUCAUUGAAUAUCUUUGGAUUGUGCUGGAGAAGACUUUGUGCAGCGGUCAGACUCUACCAUCAUCAAUGCAAGAUCAAUCAAUAAUGCAUCACAGGAUUGAAAUAAAUCGUGUAAAAAUUGCAUAUAAUACAGCGGAAUAUAGUCACAGCAAACGUGUGCUGCAAUCAACAAAAUUUUAGAGUGUGUGACCUUUUUGGUGAAGGAUGGUGGAUAUUUUUUGGCCAGGCAGUGUAUAAUCAUGCAGUAGGAUAAAUCUGUAAUUAAACAGAACAGAUGAAUAUAAAUUCACAAAUCCAAAAUGACCUGAAAUGAACAGUUUUUACAGUUUAUUUUACAUCUAUUACACUUUUUUUUUAUUCAACAGGGGCGAUAUGCUCCUAUAACUGUAGAAUCUAGAUGCUAGAACUAUUUAACUCUAGUUACGGUAGUAUAUUCAACCCUGCAUAUAUUUUACUUUAUCAAUCACUUAUUUUACUAUUAUCAUGCUAUUAUCUUGUUUUAUGCUAUAUAUCACCUUAUAUACUGUAUAAUAAAUGUUUAAUACAUACAAGUUUCACAUACUGUAUUUUAUCUUGAGUUUUUUUUUCUUCUAUUUUUUAAUAUUUCUUUAUUGUGUUUCUGAAAUGUAACAGCAGAUGCACAUUAUAUUUUAUGUGCUGUCUCCUGCACAAAGUAAACUUUUUAGGAGGCAAAAAUAGCUCUCAGUGCUGGUGCGGAGGGCCUCAGUCUUCAGAGAGACAUUGUUCUUUUUUGACACAUGGAGCAGUUUUUCUCUUAAAGACAGUAGUGUUGUGCAGAUCCACUCCCAGCCGUGUGGAUUGGAGGGCAGCUUUUAUUAGGACAGCAAUAUGCUCAGCCCGACUCGGCCAUCCAUCACAGAGAAUCCAGCGCUCAUCACUGUGACACUGCUGGCCAGCGGCGUCACUGUCUGUCCUGGGCUUUCUGCUCUGCAGUGCCUCACAGUUUACUGUAGAGGGCAAUGUCUGCAAGCACCUCCUUCUCUCUGUGUCUUGUGUCUGGACCUGGGAAAAAUCGGUUUGGUCUAAAGAACACCUUACCAUUAGCAUGCAACAUUUGAACUCUUCUGACAAAGUAACCAUAUACAAAGCAUUUCUGCCUUUUGGGAGAAUUUAGAUGUUUACUUUAAUAUGGUACCAUAUUUUUCGGACAAUAAGGUGCACUUUAAUUUUCCUAAAAAUCGCCAAUGCACCAUAUAAUCCUGUGUGUCUUAUGUAUGAAUUCUACCAGUCAGGUUGUAUGGAGCAGUAAAGCCACUCCACUGAAGUGCAGCGUAAUAAUGGAUUUUCAGUGAAGCAGUACUAGCAUUAGCUGCUAACCGCAGCACUAGCUCUUUCACCGUUCAGAGGUGAGUAUGUCAAACGAAUGUAGGAUGAACCUGAUAGUGCCCUGGCGACAGGAACACUCAGGAUUCCUCAGUGUAGCACUGCUGAGCAACAUUUACUAGUGCUAAGCGCCGCUAACCGCAUCUAGCGCUGCUGCUAAUCGUGCUGUUGAAAAUAUUGGAAAUCUAAGCUCACUGUAUAUAAAUGGAAGCGCUUUACUCACCCAAAUGAACAGUUUUCAGGAGAGAAAUCUGUGAAGAUUAACAACAUGGUGAUACCCUUGUUCCUUACUAUUGUCACUCAAAAUGUGCCUUAUAAUCUGGUGCGCCUUAUGUAUGAAAAUAGACCAGAAAAUAGACCUUCACUGAUAGUCUGCCUUAAAAUAUGCUGCACCUUAUAGUC